AAAUGUCUUUUUUCUUCUUUUAGCCUAGCCAUCCAUGCCAUCAUUUGUCUGCCUCUGAUCUACUUCAUCAUCGUGAGGAAGAACCCCUACAUGUUCACCAUGGGUAUGGCUCAGGCUUUGGUGACGGCACUCAUGAUCUCAUCCAGCUCGGCCACCCUGCCCGUCACUUUCCGAUGUGCCGAGGAGAACAACCGCAUUGACAAGCGGAUCACCCGCUUCGUUCUCCCAGUGGGCGCCACCAUCAACAUGGACGGGACGGCGCUGUACGAAGCCGUGGCCGCCAUCUUCAUCGCCCAGCUGAACGACUACGACCUGGACGUGGGUCAGAUCGUUACCAUCAGCAUAACGGCAACAGUUGCCAGUAUCGGAGCGGCAGGCGUCCCCAACGCCGGACUGGUCACCAUGGUGAUUGUCUUAACAGCAGUUGGAUUACCAGCAAGCGAUGUCACUCUGAUAGUUGCUGUGGACUGGCUACUGGACCGGUUCCGUACGAUGAUCAAUGUGCUUGGCGAUGCUUACGGGGCCGGUAUCGUCCAGAAGCUGUCCAAGAGGGAACUGGAGAGGAUGGACGUAACAUCGGACGUGGACGUGGCCAACCCCUUUGCCCUGGAAACCACGAUGGAUGACGAAGAGUGCGAGAACAAGUCCUACAUCAAUGGAGGCUUCACCGUGGACAAGACCGACGCCAUCUCCUUCACCGAGACCUCCCAGUUUUAGCUUGCGGACGGCGGACUGGAUU